UUCCUCUAACCCAGUGUGCUCUUCAUUCGGUCUGUAUCGAAAGAUUGUGUGUUUUCUUUAAAAAUAAAAUGCCUCCAUAUUUUUCGCCUAAAUCUGAAGCACCAAUCUGCGGUUACUGUCAACUUACAUUCAGUCAAACGGGCUCAAUGACUCGCCAUAGGGACAGACUUCACACCAAGAAUCACACGUGUCUCAUCUGCGUCUCAAACUGUGAAGGUGCUCCGAUUCUGGGAGAAAGUAUAAAGAAGCACUUGCAACAUGCUCAUGGAUAUGUAGAUGUACAGUCGUGUAGUUGUUGCCAUUGGAUUUUUGAGAACAAAAUUCAACUGAGAACUCAUUUGGACGCAAUGAAAGCAACUGGGCAGCCAGGAGACGAGGUGGUACUAGCCAAGGGUACAUUUGCACCAGGAACACUAUCACAAGCAGCUAUUCUCCAAUCCAAAGCCUACUCUGCCAAUCGACAGCAAAAAUGUCAGCAAUCACUGAAAGUUGACUCUGGAGGAUUCAAUGAUUUAUCGGAAACACAACUCAAAUUCAUUUUGGACAACUACUCACAGAUUGUUGGAGAACUGGAAUCUCCCAAUCCUAAAAUCAGUGGAUGCAGAAAGCGAAAAUGUGGAAUGACAAUCCAGCAUGUCCUUCGAGACGACGAUUUCAAGAAAAUCGAAUUGUGCUAGAAUUUCAUUUUAUCAUCAUUUUAAUAAUUUUUUUGUGAUCUAUAUUUAAUUUUUUCUUUGAACAGUUUUUUUUUUAAAUGUCGAACAGCGAUAUAUUUUUAAUCUCAAUAAAUUUUUCUUAAAAAA